CUCUGCGAUCAGCGGCCGCCAUCGACGUUGCUUCGCUUCUUCUGGGCUCAUCUGUGCCACUCGCUCGCCACACACUCCGCAGUCCUAAGCCGCUAUCAUGGUAAAGCUUGCAAAGGCCGGUAAAAAUCAAGGUGACCCCAAGAAAAUGGCUCCUACCGCAAAGGAGGUAGAAGAAGACAGUGAAGAUGAGGAAAUGUCAGAAGAUGAAGAGGAUGGUAGCAGUGGAGAAGAGGUUGUUAUUCCUCAGAAAAAAGGCAAAAAGUCUACCGCAACUCCAGCAAAGAAGAUGAUGGUUUCCCCAACAAAAAUGGUUGCAGUUGCCACACCGGCAAAGAAAGCAGUUGUCACCCCUGGCAAAAAGACAGCCGCUACACCAGCCAAGAAGACAAUUACACCUGCCAAGGCGGUAGCAACACCUGGCAAAAAGGGAGCCACACCAGGCAAAGCAUUGGUAGCAACCCCUGGUAAGAAGGGAGCAGCCGCUCCAGCCAAGGGAGCAAAGAACGGCAAGAAUGCCAAGAAGGAAGACAGUGAUGAGGAAGAUGAAGAUGACAGUGAAGAGUAGGAGGAGGAGGAUGAAGAGGAGGAGGAGGAUGAAUUCGAGCCCACGGUGAUGAAAGCAGCUGCUGCUCCUGCCUCGGAUGACGAGGAUGACGAGGAUGACGAGGAUGAGGAUGACUCUGAAGAAGAAGCUAUGGAGACUGCACCAGCCAAAGGAAAGAAAGCUCCAGCAAAAGCUGCUCCUGUGAAGGCAAAGAGCACUGCUGAAGAUGAAGAUGAGGAGGAUGACGAGGAGGAUGACGAGGAGGAGGAGGACGACGACGACGAGGAGGAGGAGGACGAGGAGGAAGAACUUGUCAAAGAAGCAUCUGGAAAGCAAAAGAAGGAAAUGGCCAAACAAAAAGCAGCUCCCGAAGCCAAGAAACAGAAAGUGGAAGCCACAGAACCGAUUACAUCUUUCAAUCUCUUUGUUGGAAACCUGAACUUCAGUAAAUCUGCUCCUGAAUUGAAAACGGGUAUCAGUGACCUUUUUGCAAAAACUGAUCUUGCAGUUGUUGAUGUCAGAAUUGGUGUGUCUAGGAAGUUUGGCUAUGUGGAUUUUGAAUCUGCUGAAGACCUGGAAAAAGCCUUGGAACUCACUGGUUUAAAAGUCUUUGGCAAUGAAAUUAAACUAGAAAAACCAAAGGGGAAAGACAGUAAGAAAGAACGAGAUGUGAGAACACUUUUGGCUAAAAAUCCUCCUUAUAAAGUUACCCAGGAAGAAUUAAAAGAAGUGUUUGAAGAUGCUGUGGAGAUCAGAUUAGUCAACAAGGAUGGAAAGUGUAAAGGGAUUGCUUAUAUUGAAUUUAGGACAGAAGCUGAUGCAGAGAAAACCUUGGAAGAAAAGCAGGGAACAGAGAUAGAUGGGUGAUCCAUUUCGCUGUACUAUACUGGAGGGAAAGGUCAAAGUCAAGACUAUAGAGGUGGAAAGAAUAGCACUUGGACUGGUGAAUCAAAAACCCUGGUUUUAAGCAACCUCUCCUAUAGUGCAAUGGAAGAAACUCUUCAGGAAGUAUUUGAGAAGGCAACGUUUAUCAAAGUGCCCCAGAACCAAAAUGGCAAAUCUAAAGAGUAUGCAUUUAUAGAAUUUGCAUCAUUUGAAGAUGCUAAAGAAGCUUUAAAUUCAUGUAAUAAAAGGGAAAUUGAGGGCAGAGCCAUCAGGCUGGAGUUGCAAGGACCCAGGGGACAACCUAAUGCAAGAAGCCAGCCAUCCAAAACUCUGUUUGUCAAAGGUCUAUCUGAGGAUACUACAGAAGAGACAGUAAAGGAGUCGUUUGACAGCUCUAUUCGUGCAAGGAUAGUCACUGACCGGGAGGCUGGAUCCUCUAAGGGGUUUGGUUUUGUAGACUUCAACAGCGAGGAAGAGACCAAAGCUGUCAAGGAGGCCAUGGAAGAUGGCGAAAUCGAUGGAAACAAAGUUACCUUGGACUAGGCCAAGCCUAAGGGUGAAGGUGGCUUCAGUGGCCGAGGAGGAGGCCGAGGUGGCGGCCGAGGUGGAUUUGGAGGCCGAGGCUGGGGAGGCUUUGGAGGGUGAGGAGGCUUCUGAGGAGGCAGAGGAGGAGGAGACCACAAGCCACAAGGAAAGAAGACGAAGUUUGAAUAGUUUCUUCUAUCCCUGUCUUCCCCUCUUACAUUUGAAAGAAAGGACUCUGAGGUUUUUACUCUGUUACCUGCUCAAUGACGGAGCCUUCUGAGGACAUUCCAAGACAGUAUACAGCCCUGUGGUCUACUUGGAAAUCCGUAUAGAUAACAUUUCAAGGGAGAUAACCCUGUUGGUGUUGACUGGAUAUUCGUAUAAACUUUUUAAAGAGAUGAGUGAUAGAGCUAACCCUUAUCUGUAAGUUUUGAAUUUAUAUUGUUUCCUCCCAUGUACAAAACCAUUUUUUUCCUAC